GGUUUACAAAUUACAAUACACACACAGUCGAUUAAGCAAGAAGCUGGUGGUGGGAGAAGACACACACUUUGUUCUUAUUGAACUCGCAUCCGAAAUCUCAGAAUGUGUGCUUUGAGAGCGUUGACAAGAUCUGUGUGCAGCAGGAGCACCUCCUCCUACUAUAAAACCCUCAAUUUCAACACACUCUACCACCACCAAACCCGCCGGAAUCUAAUUCUCGACUCUUCCGCUUCUGAAUUCGUCAAGCUUCACAAACUCACUGGCUCAGAUUCCGGGAUUAUCGAGGUUAGCUUGGACAGGCCUGAAGCUAAAAAUGCUAUAGGGAAAGAGAUGUUGCGAGGCCUAAGUCAUGUGUUUGAAUUGAUUAAUCAGAACUCCAGUGCUAAUGUUGCCAUGAUCUGCAGUUCAGUUCCUGGGGUAUUUUCUGCUGGGGCUGAUUUAAAGGAGCGAAGGACCAUGAAUCAAUUUGAGGUUAAGGCUUUUGUGAAAUCUCUUCGCUCCGCAUUUUCAUUUCUAGAGGCAGUUUGUGUACCAACUAUUGCUGUUAUUGAUGGAGUAGCUCUUGGUGGUGGACUUGAAAUGGCUCUGGCAUGUGAUAUUCGAAUAUGUGGAGAAAAUGCUCUGAUGGGUUUGCCAGAGACAGGACUUGCUAUAAUCCCUGGGGCAGGUGGAACACAGCGACUACCUAGAUUGGUUGGAAAAGCAAUAGCAAAGGAUAUUAUAUUUACUGGUCGAAAGAUUAAUGGCAAAGAGGCUCUGUCCAUGGGUCUAGUAAAUUACUGUGUUCCUGCUGGUGAAGCUUAUUCCAAGGCACUUGCAGUUGCUCGGGAUAUCAACCAGAAGGGUCCUAUAGCUUUAAGGAUGGCUAAAAGAGCUAUUAACGAGGGAGUUGAGACUGAUUUAACAUCAGCUUUGGUUUUGGAAGAAGAUUGCUAUGAUCAAGUGUUGAAUACUAAAGAUCGACUUGAAGGCUUGGCUGCAUUUGCUGAUAAGCGGAAACCAAGGUAUACGGGUGAGUGAAAGGAGUGGUGGUAUUCUGAUUAUUACCUCUCUUUGUUGCUAGAGAGGUUUGUCAAUCAUGUAUUGAUUAAUGUGAUAUGAGCCUGAAGGCAGCUUCCUAGAUGAGGAACUGCCAGUCUGCCACUACAAUUUGCCCCUUGUACAGGGAAAUUGCCGAAGAUGAAAAGUGCCACAUUCUAAUUAUGCACCUUGAGAUACUGUAUUCCCGAUAAAGCAAUUAAUUUCUUCUUUCUCUUUA